CUUAUUUUUUUUUUAUAAAAUAACGAACAUAUUAUAAACGAAUUAUUGUGUAAAUAAUUAUGAGAGCCUGGAAAUUCCACAAACUGACAGUCAAAAUUACCCUAAUUAAGUAAGUACAUACACGAACAUUCAAACGACAGAAAAACUUCGGUCUUUAAUAAAUUAAUCACAAUUAAUAGCCGAUGAUGACCUGCACCUCCCUGUAUCAUAAUGUUGGUGAUACUCUUUCUUUCGUUACUAUCAUCUUCAUCAGCAACCCCUGGCGAUCUUUUUCACACGAGACUGGACAAUGUAACCAAUAAAUAUGAGGGCUAUCGAUUACCGAACACCACAAUACCUUUCAGAUACGAUAUUAACCUAAAUAUACCAGAAGAAGCUCUAACUGGUGGCAACACAUCUUACUCAGGCACAGUAAACAUUUUAUUCGAAGUCUCCGAAUCCACAAACAAGAUUGUAUUACAUUCACUAGUAGAUAUUUAUAAUUUGUCUUUAAGUACAUCUAAUUCUUCUGUACAAAUUGUUAAUAAUACUGUUGAUAAAACUAGAGAAACAAUUACGAUUUUAACAGCAACUACUUUAUCUGCUAAUAUUGAUUAUACUUUGUACAUAACUUUUAAUGCCUCCUUGGAGCCUGUCAAUAUGCUAGGAUUUUAUAGAAGUGAAUAUACUGUUGCUAAUGGUACCAAAGAAUAUUUAGCUACUACCCAGUUUGAAUCCACUGACGCCAGAAGGGCGUUUCCUUGCUUCGAUGAACCUGGAUUCAAAGCUGUGUUCACUUUAACUUUACAGCAUCCUGUAGGAUUUGAAGCCAUUGCGAAUACGCCUGUAAUGAGUACUUUUCCUACUGCAAAAUCAAUAACAACAUUAUUUGAAGAUACUCCUACUAUGUCGACCUAUCUUCUGGCUUUUACCAUAUCAAAAUUCGUUUGUAUGAAAUUUAUUACAAGUGAUGUAGACGGUAUUCCGAUUAGCGUUUGUGCAAGAUCGCAUUUCGAAAAUGACACAAUUUUGGCUCUGGAAUACGGCGUCCAGGUGUUAGAUGCGUUGGACACAUGGACUGGGUAUCCUUAUAAAUCUACCAAUAUAGGGAAAAUGGAUCAACUAGCCAUACCAGACUUUAGUGCUGGUGCUAUGGAGAACUGGGGAAUGGUGAAUUACAGAGAAUAUUUACUCAUCUACAACCCAGAAUAUACAUCGAACUUGUAUAAGCAAAGGAUGUUAUCAGUAAUAGCACAUGAAUUCACCCAUAUGUGGUUCGGAAACUUAGUCACCCUCCAGUGGUGGAGUUACACAUUUUUAAAUGAAGGAUUCGCCAGAUACUUCCAAUAUUUCCUACUAAACAAGAUUAAUUCUUCGCAAAACUACGAGAUCGAGAAACAGUUCAUAAUUGAACAGCAGCAAACUGCAUUCAUCGUUGAUUCGCAUUCAUCAUCGGGAUCUUUAACUUCAGAAGCUUUUACACCUAAAGAAAUAAACAACAAGUUUGGGACAAUUUCAUAUAAUAAAGGAGCUAGUGUUAUAAGGAUGGUAGAAAAUGUCAUAGGUUCAACUGUCUUCCAAACUGCUAUACAAAAAUAUCUGGCCAAUAACGCCUUUUCAUCAACAACUCCAGAAAUAUUAUGGAACACAAUUAGCAAUGAUGUGCCAAAUGGACUCCUACCAGAUGGGCUUAACUUUACUCAAGUAAUUGAUGCAUGGACGUACAGACCUGGUUUUCCAGUUAUCACUGCAAACCUUAGGGGUAAUAAUGUUGUUUUAUCACAGAAACGUUUCUCCUACAACACAUCAUUCUCAGAUUCCACCCAGUGGUAUGUACCUAUUACUUACAUGACGUCUAAUAAAAAUUAUUCGACAAACGCUACUUGGUUACUACCUAACAGCACACUCACUUUAGAUGCCAGAAACUUUAGCUGGUUGAUCAUAAACCAUAAUUCUGCUGGGUACUACAGGGUUCACUACGACACCACUCUCCGUACCAAAUUAGUAAGAGCUCUUCUUGAGGAUCAUCUACAAAUAACCGACGUGAACAGAGCUCAAAUAUUGGACGAUAUGUUGAACUUAGCCAGAGGUCAUUACGUUAAAUAUUCAGAAGUUUUCCAGUUUGUAAAUUACUUGAAAAAGGAAAUGUCGUACUAUCCAUGGUACACAGCAGUUAGAGGUUUGAACUAUCUCAUAGUAAGAUUGGGAUUAGAAUCUACUUUAGGACAACGAGUAGCAAGUUUAUUGUUGGAUCAAUUUAAUAACGUUACUGCAAAUGUUUCUUACGUGGACUUGAACGCUACUGGACAUGUGGAUAGUUUGAAAUGGCCGUUAUUGUGGAGUACGGCUUGUAGAUUGGGUCAUCCAACCUGCAUUGUUGAAGCUAAAAAGCAAUUUAGAUUGUUAAGAAUCAAUGGGACUAGUAUAAAUCCGAAUAUAAGAGAUGUCAUUUACUGUAAUGCUUUGAGGUAUAGUGAUAAUAGUAGCGCUGAUUGGGAGUUUCUGUGGAAGAGAUUACAUAGCGUUGAUCAACCUCACGAAACUAUUUACAUAUUGAUGGCUCUUGGUUGUACAAAGAACAAAGAACUAUUGUCAUAUUACUUAGACCAAUCGAUUAACAGUUCAUCCAUCAUCAGGGUUCAAGAUGUGGCUACAGUUUGGUCAGCAGUACACUCGAGUAGUUCUGUAGGCUUACAGGUUGCUUUGGAAAAGUUCAUGAAAAAUCACAGUAACAUAAUCAAUUACUAUUCUGGAGGUAUUACAUUAUUAUCUGGUAUUGCUGACAGGUUUACUACAGAAGCACAUGUUGCUCAAAUUCAAAAUUUGAUGAACCAACAAGAAUCAAAUUCGACAUUAGGAAAGGCUGUCAAAAAUGCCCUGGAUUCAAGCAGAGAAAACUUAAAAUGGCAAUCGAGUAUCAAAAAUGAUUUAGAGGCGUAUUUUGGCAUCGUUGAACCAUCAUCAGCGACAUCGUUCGGUGUAUCGAUGACGUUAUUACUGCUAUCGCUAAUUAUUAUUGUGUGAAUAUAUUUUUUUAUGAUUUUAUAUAAUUUAAUAUUGCCUAAAAUUAUGUGUUUUAUAAAAUGAAAAUAUAAAUCUAUUUUAUAUAAGGUGUUUAUUUAGUAAAGGAAUGUUUAGCUGUAUUUAAUUAAAUUUUAG